AUGUCUUCUUUAAGGGAAUCUGAAUCACGUAAUAGCGUAGAUGAGUCCCGCAAAGUGAUCAGAGUCACUAUUUUGGCUUCUGAAUGGGGAUCAAGCAAAGGGGGACUUUCCACCAUAAACAGAGAGCUAGCCAUUCAGUUGGCCAAAUGCCCUGAAGUGGAAAUCACUUUCUUUUUACCACAAUGCAGUCAAGAGGACAAGAAGUUAGCCCUGAAGCUUAACGUAAAGAUCGUUGAGGCAAUACCACUGCCUGGCUUUGAGCAACUGGACUGGCUUUGCUUUCCGCCUGAAGAUCUGCAAAUCGACAUUAUCGUAGGUCAUGGAGUUAAACUCGGUAAACAGGCACAAAUCAUUAAAAGAUCUAAAAGGUGCAAAUGGGUUCAAGUGGUGCACACAGAUCCAGAGGAACUUGGAAUGUUCAAAAACUAUUCAGAUCCAAUUUCAAAAGGCGAGGAAAAGCACAAGACCGAAGUAGAACUGUGUGAAAUGGCGGAUCAUGUUGUUGGUGUUGGUCCCAAGUUGAGCGAGGCCUUUCGCUCCUAUCUUCGCAGCUGCCAAAAAGAUGACAAUGUUGUUGACUUCACUCCGGGAGUAUUUGUAGAGUUUGCGGCUGUGAAGCAGGCUCUGAGCGAAAGGCAGCAACACAGUGUCCUGGUGUUUGGUCGUGGAGACGUAGAGGAUUUCGAAUUGAAAGGAUUUGACAUCGCUGGGAAAGCAGUUGCUGAGUUAGAAGAUACUCGUCUUGUCUUUGUUGGGGCUCCAGAUGGAAAACACGAAGAAAUAGCAAAACGGUUGACCGAAUUUGGCGUCCCACCAAGUCGCUUGAGAGUAAGAGGAUUUGUUCAAGAUCGAGAGAGCUUAAGGCGCUUGUUUCAAGAAGUGGAUCUUGUUGUGAUGCCUUCAAGGACAGAGGGCUUUGGAUUGACAGGACUCGAGGCCUUGUCAGCUGGUCUCCCUUUGCUUGUCAGCCGCAAUUCCGGUUUUGGAGAAGCUUUACGUAGAGUACCUUUUGGAUCAACAUAUGUAGUGAACUCAGAGGAACCAGCAGAUUGGACCUCUGCUAUCAAAGCAAUCUGGGUUAAGGACAGAAGAAGUCGGCUUAAGGAAGCGGAAACUCUGCGCGAAUCCUAUGGCAAGAAAUACAACUGGGCCAAACAGAUAAAAGAUCUCAUUGACAAGAUGAUCAGUUGGGUUAACGGUAAGAUUAUCAAUUUUCUUUUUUAUAAAAAAAAAUUCUUAAUGCAUUGCAGAAGGAAUAUAGGAGGUGGACUCUAUAUAAGAAGAAAUGAAAAUAAACAAACAAAGCAAAAUUUGAGUAAUAUCCCCUGCCUUUUUUCUCCCGGCUGAGAUCGUGAAAAAAGUCCAUUACAAAGUUUUAUGUUACAUGUUGGCAAACGCAGUAAAGUAAUAUUGACCCAAUCCAUCUAUCAUAUGCUUUACCCCCGGUUCACUGCCUUAUGUGAUUAUUCCAUGCAUCCGCAUUUACCAAAACAGCCUGUUGUUAUCUAUUCUUUUUUACCAACAGAUGAUUCUUUAAAUUACCAGUGCUCUUCAGAAAUAAAACGCAGAACUUUCCAAUCCACCCAUAAAUCUUCUCAGCGAACGGAAGGGACAACAGUAGACCCUGAAGGUAUCCCCGAUGACUUAAAAAUAAUCAGCGUAAUACUAGUCUUGAAUGGUGUUGCUGGUCAAAAGUGUUUUUUGUCUUCAUUAAAAUUGUUAACAUUAUUUAAAUGCGGCGUUUUUUCUAAGUCCAUGGCUUACGCAUGCGUGGAUGAAAGAUAACUAAGUUCACUUACAAGUACAUACCGCUGAGGCAGAACGGUUGGCUUUGGUCUGUCUCGAACAGGUCUAGGAUUUCCCUCUUUCUCCGUACAUUAAGUUCAAGAACAUCAAAACUUCUAGAAUUCUCGAAUCCGCCCCCCCUCCUAAAAAAAAGGUGGGUGGAGAGGGUGGUAGGGAGGGAGAGAGAGAAGAAAAAAAUAAUUUGCUGCAUGUGAGAACACGUGCUAUUUGCGUAUUUUCACUGUACAAAUUACUGGAUCACAUUAAGCCUAAAAAGCUACCAAAAGUAUAUUGCUAAGUGCCCUUCGGGGGCACCCAACGACGGUUACCUCCUAGAAACAUUGCAAAUACUUUUGAGGCCAUCCUGAGCCUUUUUAGAUAUUUAGAAGUGUAUUCUAAGCUGGGCUAUAAAAUUUGUGCCUGCUCAGUCAUCCUAGGGAAACUUGAGUCCAUUCGAAAUUAAAAGGGCUUUAGUAUUAUUUUCCAGAAAACUUUAGAUGUAAUUUAACCUAUUACGAAAGUGAGAAUUUUUCUGAUUGCGCUCUCCAUCACAUUUUUGAAUCCGGGAGUGAAAUGAGAAAAAUUAAACUUCAGAAAAUCGUAGGGAAGUUAUUAGAUGCACUUCGAAAAUUGUGCAUAAAUAGAACGGUAAUCUAGAAAGUUUUAGCCGUCCUCAAGUGAUUGAAAAUUCUGGGCAAUAUUUACCUCUCCGAAAAGAUAUUUUACAGAAAACAGUCGUUGGGUGCCCCUGGUUUGCCAAAAUAUUUGUUUGGAGAAGGAAAUAUUUCCUACAAAUUUUAGGAUCGUAUUCAUGUUUAUCCCAUACAAACACUGUAAUUUUACUGGAACCGUACUGUGGUACUAUUACAAAGCCUGGGUUACCUGUCAAGUCCCUCACCGUAUUAGACGCCUCCGUACCCACUACUUUUAAGCGGCUGCUACGCUGGUUAGCUAAAGUUAAGUAAUUGACUAUUGUAUAGUGUUUUGGAAUAGUAGUGUUUUAUUUUUGAGUACUGUUUAUAUUAACUGAUCAGUGAAAGGAAUUAGGACUGUAUGUAAUGGGGAUUCUUGUUGUUGGUUGUAGGCUCCUCUUCAGUUUCAAUGUCUACUCGAGGAAAAAUGAAUUAUUCUCGUCUAUGUCGUCUGCUGAUCAGCGUAGGCUCGCGAGUGCUCAGAGAUACAUUCGAUAGCAUUAUUCCACCGGAGAAUCUUCGAGAAUUGUUGAAACGUGACCCGGCGCACUCCAGACUACAGCUACUGCGAAAGAAAGGAGUCCUAACUUCAGUACAUUGGAGUAGGUUGUACCCUGCCACACCCACUGAAGUGUCAUCUGCAAGUUUUGAUAUCCCCCUCUUAAUUGUGCUUCUAAGGACAAUCUGUAAUCUACGUCCUCCACCCGCUGGCUGGGAUACACCUCCUCUUACAGCAGACACCAGUCGCGAGUCUGACAUUGCGCGCAUUAAGUACUUCAUGAACGCCGUAUCCAGACAUGCCACUGAAGGCUCUUUCAGUGAUGCUGUAUUCAAUAGCUACUGGCAGCAGAUCCGUGACACACUGGUACGAUUGGGUGGAGCUGAUUAUGAAGAUCUCAUUGAUGAAAUGAAAGACCAGGACAUUGAAUUCCUCGAUGAGGAACAUUUCAGAGAACUUCUCAAGCAGUGGAAGAAGGUAGAAGACGACAUCAGAGACAGGCUGAAUGAAGUGGAAAGUGAAGAAGCUUCUAAAGAGAAAGGUGUGCUAUACAGUAGGCCUUGUUAGGAGAUACAACCCAGCCAAUUUGUAGGUUUUAAACUCUUUAACACUGCGAACUUAGGGUGGUUUGAUUAACGGGGAAUAUACUAUAUGUAUCUAUGGAAAAGUCGCCGGAUCCUGCAAUUGCUUCCAUAAAAGACCUUAUUCAUAAUUUGACGUUCCAGCACCUAUAAAAUGUUAGUUUCAUGUGUCAGUAACUUCAAAAACAUCUAUCCAGGAAAUACUCUCAUGACCUUCCAUCUCUUGGAAUUGUUUAAACUGUUUCCCAUCAACUAGGUCACGAACAAGCAGGGCAGAACAGUGUAGGAUGGGUUGAUCCUGAAAAUUUUUGAAUUUCAAGCUUCGUUAAAGUCAUACCAAUUACUAACAAAGAUUCUUUCGGCUAAUUUUACCGCUAUUUCCUUUGAGAUUUCAAGUGAUCUUGUGGUAAUUAAGCCACUAAGUGUAUUUAAGUGUAUCACGUUAUUAAACGUUGUAUUUCUUGGUAUUUCUUGGUCUCCUGUUUUAAUUCUUGACAUGUUCAUGCAGAUCCCGGAAGGGCGAGUAGUGCCAGUAGUCCCAUUAGACCUGAUGUUGCUGGGCCUUCGGAUUUAACCAAGCAGGCUGAUCAUAGCCAAGGUAUACAACUAAUAACCCUAUUAAUGUGGCGACUACCCACUCCCAGUGUUAACAAGGUGAUGGCGACGAAUCGAAAAAUAUAAUUACAGUCACGUGUCCGUCUUAUUAGAGAGAUGUCUGUUUACAGCGAGUCACCUGAAAAGGAGUCAAGAAAGGCAGGGACGAACUCUUGCUAUCCGUUUUAGCCAGGUGCCUGUGUUAUGGAAGUAUCCGUUUAAAAGAGAGAGUUGACUAUCGCAGGAGCGUUUUUUUUAUACUUGAGUGCAAAGAAUGUGGUUAUCAAUGUAGUCGUACAUUGUAUGGUCUUACGGCGGAAUUCCACUGCAAGCUGUAAUUCAGUCUUUGAUUCAUUACAACAAACUGUUAUCUAAAUUGCUCCGGUUCUGUCGAAAUCACCCAUGGCUGUUUCUUUUCUUCUCUUCCUACAGUUGUCAUCCGACCGAUUUAUCUGUUGUGACAUCCAUUUAGUUUUUAUAGUCGCAAAACUUGCACAUGAUCUGAAAACUUUAUGUCAAUGAUUGUUGUGGAAGCUGCAACAACCAUGUGGACCUCUUAGUUGGUUUUUUUCAAAAGCCAAGGUCUUCCAGAGUGUCUCUUUUUUAUUUUAUUUUACUGGAAUAUAUGUAAGGACUGAAUGGGUAACAGUUUCAAAUUUCAACAUAGUUUGUUUUCAAAUUUAUGUCAUUUCUAGCAUCUGGUGCAUUACGAGCUCACAAUGGCCUGCUCUCCAGUUGGCUUGAUUAGCUUAAUUAAUGGAUAGAGCGUUGCGUCUGGGUCAAUCGCAAAGGUCAGGGCUCGAUUCCCGGUUAAGCCUGAAUUUUUUUAGGUUCUUCAGUCGCUUAAAUUGUUUAUUUAACUGCAAAGACCAUUUUCACUUGCAUAUUGUUUUCAGAGUUGUUUCAAAAAACGUUAAAUACUAAUCGGAAGAAGGAGUAUAACCAUCUGACAUACCCUUCAGACUACAUUAGUUCCAUUCUUAUUCUCAUCCAUUGCAUUUAAGCAGAUAACGCAAACGCCCAGAGCUCCUCAGAAGCAGAAACCUGACUGAGCACCAUGGGGGUAUUCAGCUUUAGAGACUUAAAUGAAUUAUAAUAAAUGUAUUUGUAAAUUUACAGGAAAAUUUUUUUUUUUUUUUUUAUCUCUUGAGGGUAUAAUUAAAUGUACGGAAAAACGGGCAACAAAAACGUACAACUUGUCUUAUAACAUUGCUGCAAAACGAGUUGAAUAGCGAUGUUGCGCGUUUUACCACUCACGUUCAAACCUGUUAAUAACCUGAUUUGUUGUAAGACAGGUUUGAUGUGUUUGGUAAAACGCGCAACAUCGCGAUUCAACUUGUUCUGCAGCAAUGUUGCAAGACAAGUUGCACGUUUUUUGUUGCCCGUUUUUCCGUACCUUAAGUGUACCAUAGAACGUUGAAAACAAAUUUUAAUCCAAUCAGAGGGAACUUGUCUUUGCUUUUCCUAAAAUGAAGGUGAAUUUUCCCCGCCACCCACUCCUCCGUAAGUUCAUAAAGGGUAAAGCUAUCACUUUUGUUUCGCAUGCAUAGGUAUAGGCAAAUCUUUUCAACGAGAACUAGGCAGUGAAGAAUUUUUCUCGGCGAGAACGCAUGUCCUUCUUGUUUUUCACGACGCUUAUUUCUCCCCUUCUUUCCUCACUUUUGAACGCUUGCCAUGCUGGCGACAGUUUUGGAGCACGUUAGAACUUUUUUUAGGCGAAACUUGCCUUUGUUUUCUAACGUAUUGAAUAGCGAAUAAAGAGAAUUUAAAACAAACCAAAUUAAACGCGGCUUUAUUUUUUUUUUCCUAGGUCUAGGUUUGCCAUACCCAACCGAUGUCAUAGAAAAGAUCCGUCAGCUCUACAAAACACGUGAACGACGUCUUCUUCCCGUCCCUUGGUUAGACGAGUUUAGCUUUCAUUUGAAUGAUAUUUUUACCAGAUUAAAAAUCUUGGGCAAAGAAAAAACCCAAGGAGUACUUACUGACGAUAUAACCAAUAUGACUGCUAUCUUUAAGGCGCACGCAGAAUGCCAGAGACCGCGAACAGUCUUGAUCGAAGGAGAUCCUGGUAUGGGAAAAACUACGUAUUGUCAGAAGCUGGCGUAUGAUUGGGCAACUAAGCAGAACGAAUGGAACCCGUGUUUUCCAGAGAUUGAAGUGCUACUGCUUCUCAAAUGUCAUGAGAUUAAAUCUGACAUCUGGAAAGCUAUUGAAGAUCAAAUUCUUCCCGAGGAAAUGGACACUCAAGCUAAGGAAUGCUUCUUUAAAUUCAUUCGUGAAAAUCAGUCCAAGGUUCUUUUANUUUUUUUUUUCCUAGGUCUAGGUUUGCCAUACCCAACCGAUGUCAUAGAAAAGAUCCGUCAGCUCUACAAAACACGUGAACGACGUCUUCUUCCCGUCCCUUGGUUAGACGAGUUUAGCUUUCAUUUGAAUGAUAUUUUUACCAGAUUAAAAAUCUUGGGCAAAGAAAAAACCCAAGGAGUACUUACUGACGAUAUAACCAAUAUGACUGCUAUCUUUAAGGCGCACGCAGAAUGCCAGAGACCGCGAACAGUCUUGAUCGAAGGAGAUCCUGGUAUGGGAAAAACUACGUAUUGUCAGAAGCUGGCGUAUGAUUGGGCAACUAAGCAGAACGAAUGGAACCCGUGUUUUCCAGAGAUUGAAGUGCUACUGCUUCUCAAAUGUCAUGAGAUUAAAUCUGACAUCUGGAAAGCUAUUGAAGAUCAAAUUCUUCCCGAGGAAAUGGACACUCAAGCUAAGGAAUGCUUCUUUAAAUUCAUUCGUGAAAAUCAGUCCAAGGUUCUUUUAGUUUUCGAUGGACUAGACGAAGCGGAUACUAGUAACCUCAAAAUGUUCUCUAACCUCAUUGAAAGGAAAGAACUUUCAGGUUGUUACAUUGUUCUCACAUCUCGUCAUGAGGCUGGAAGGAAUGCAAGGAGGUACUGUGACACUCUGUGGGAGAUUGUAGGAUUUACCCGGGAAGAUGCAGUAAGCUUUAUUCAUAAAUACUUUAAAAACGUCAACAAAGAAUAUUUAACCAGGAAGCUCAUAGAAAUGGUAUGGCCUGGCCCCUGGUCAACUGAGCCAGGACAACAUCAAGAUCUGCGCGAUUUGACAAAAAAUCCUUUAAACACUACUUUACUUUGUGUUAUCUGGGAGGAUUUAAAGGGCGUUUUUCCAACGAGCAGAACUGAAUUGUACAUUGAGAUUGUUCUGUUUGUUUUGGGAAGAUAUGAAGCAAAGACAGGACUAUCGAGGGAGAAUGAAGACCUCUUGUCCGUCUACAGUAAAGACUUGUUGUAUCUUGGAAGAAUGGCGUUGGAGUCUCUUCAAAACGGAGAAUUGUAUUUUGAAGAACAUAAAUCAGGCGGUCGCUGUAUCGUCCUAUCCAAGAUCGGAUUCCUUUCACUUCAGCCUGCUGCAAGCAAGAGGAAAGUUCGUGCGCGUUACGCAUUUCUUCAUAAGAGCUUUCAAGAAUUCUUUUCUGGUUUCUUUCUUGCUUGCAAACUUAUUAAAGGCGAAAUUAGCUGCGAGUCAGUGGUGACGGACCAAAGAUAUGAGCGUAAACUAUAUCAAGUAUUUGCAUUCUUGCUUGGGAUACUUGUGUCAAAAAGUAAGGAAACGGCAGCGUCUCUCGUUAAAAGCGUGGCUGCAAAUAUCAAUUUCACAAGUCUUAAGUUAGACAAAGACGCAGCUAAAGACGUUUCAAAACGUAUAUUAUUUGCUCUGAGUAGUUUAUCGGAGCACGCAAGUUUACUACAAACCUUAGGAGAGCACCUUAACUUUACUCAAUUAAAUUUGACGGAGAGCCUGAUUGACAAUUCUGGUGCUGCGUCCCUUUCCCAGGCUCUUGCGGUCAACUCCUCCUUAACUAGUUUGAAUUUGAGUACAACCUUGAUUGAAGUUUCUGGUGCUGUAUCUCUCUCCCAGGCUCUUGCCGUCAACUCCUCCUUAACUAAUUUGGAUUUGAGUAACAACCUCAUUGGUGAUUCUGGUGCUGCAUCUCUUUCCCACGCUCUUGCAGUCAACUCCUCCUUAACCAAUCUGGAUUUGAGUGGGAACAGCAUUGGUGAUUCUGGUGCUGCAUCUCUUUCCCAGGCUCUUGCAGUCAAUUCCUCCUUAACUAAUUUAGAUUUGAGUAGGAACUUGAUUGGUACUUCUGGUGCUGCAUCUCUUUCCCACGCUCUCGCAGUCAACUCCUCCGUAACUAAGUUGGAUUUGACUGGGAACAGCAUUGGUGAUUCUGGUGCUGCAUCUCUUUCCCACGCUCUUGCAGUCAAUUCCUCCUUAACUAAUUUGGAUUUGAGUAGGAACUUGAUUGGUACUUCUGGUGCUGCAUCUCUUUCCCAGGCUCUUGCAGUCAACUCCUCCAUAACUAAGUUGGAUUUGACUGGGAACAGCAUUGGUGAUUCUAGUGCUGCAUCUCUUUCCCACGCUCUUGCAGUCAAUUCCUCCUUAACUAAUUUGGAUUUGAGUAGGAACUUGAUUGGUACUUCUGGUGCUGCAUCUUUUUCCCAGGCUCUUGCAGUCAACUACACCUUAACUAAACUGGAUUUGAGUUUGAACCAUAUUGGUGAUUCUGGUGCCCCCGAACUGUCCAGUGUGUGCAAGGUAAAUGCAACUGAUGAACUGUUUUGGUAG